UUUCUCUUAAUCACUCCUUUCAGCGCUCUCUCUAUCAAUAUGGAUCGUAAUCUAGAGCAUAGGCGUCAAAACUUCAAGGCGAAAGGGCAGUUUGGUAACUUCAAAUCUGAUGAUCUCCGUCGUCGGCGUGAGGACCACCAGGUCGAGAUUCGCAAGGCAAAGCGUGAAGAAAACAUUGCUAAGCGGAGAAACUUGGCUCUCACAUCCGGGAUGGAGUCGGACGACGAGAUGCCUGAAGGGGACUGGGAGCCAGAGCAAGCUACGCAGAUGAUCGCGGAUGUAUUCUCCGAUGAUCCUGACAGGCAGCUCGAUGCUACCACUAAGUUUCGCAAGCUGCUCUCGAAGGAGAAGAACCCGCCUAUCGAUCGUGUUAUCGAGUGUGGCGUGGUGCCUCGAUUCGUCGAGUUCUUGCAAACUGCGCACCACAUGAUCCAGUUCGAAGCGGCCUGGGCGCUUACAAACAUCGCCUCGGGUACUGCAGAGCACACUCAGGUUGUGAUUCAAUCCGGUGCUGUCCCUAUGUUCAUUCAGCUUUUGCAAUCGAGCUCUCCGGACGUGCGGGAGCAAGCUGUUUGGGCACUCGGCAACAUUGCUGGCGAUAGUCCACGGUGCCGUGACUACGUCUUGCAACAGGGUGCCCUCAAGCCGCUCCUUGCACUUCUCACCGAGCACAACAAGCUCAGCAUGCUCAGGAAUGCCACUUGGACGCUCAGCAACUUCUGCCGUGGAAAAAACCCUCAGCCGGAUUGGGAUCUAAUUUCUCCUGCCUUGUCUGUUUUGACCAAGCUUAUCUACUCACUCGAUGAGGAAGUGCUUAUCGAUGCAUGCUGGGCCAUUUCCUAUCUCUCGGACGGAUCCAACGAUAAGAUCCAGGCUGUUAUUGAAUCUGGUGUCUGCCGUCGCCUCGUUGAUCUCCUCCUUCAUGGCUCCACUUCCGUUCAAACCCCUGCUUUACGUUCUAUUGGAAACAUCGUCACUGGUGACGAUUUGCAGACCCAAGUCGUUAUUGCGUCUGGCGCACUGCCGGCUCUCCUUUCUCUCCUUUCAUCUCCGAAGGAUGGUAUCCGCAAGGAGGCUUGCUGGACAAUCUCCAACAUCACCGCCGGCAGUCCUCAUCAGAUUCAGGCUGUCAUUGACGCCAACAUAAUCCCUCCUCUCAUCAACAUUCUUCAAAACGCAGAUUUCAAGACCAAGAAGGAGGCCUGUUGGGCGAUCUCAAACGCCACGUCCGGUGGUCUCCAAGAACCACCGCAAAUUCGUUACCUCGUUUCCCAGGGCUGUAUCAAGCCUCUUUGCGACCUUCUCAACAUGAUGGACAACAAGAUCAUCCAGGUCGCGCUGGACGGGCUAGAUAACAUCCUCAAAGUUGGGGAGAUGGACAAGGAGGCUACUGGUCCCGGGGCAGUCAAUGUUUACGCUCAAUAUGUCGAAGAGGCUGGUGGGAUGCUGACCAUCCACAACCUACAACAUCACGAGAAUUUGGAAAUCUACAAGAAGGCGUUCUUCAUCAUGGACCGCUACUUCCCUGACGAUGAAGAUGAGGAUGCAGCCAUUGGCGCCAGCAUGGACGAGAGUGGCGGAUACGCUUUCCAGACGGAGACGCAGGCACCUCAGGGCGGGUUCAGCUUCGGCAACAACUGAGGCCUUUCUUAUAUCCUGCCACGCACCCCUCAUGACCGUUCGUGUAUUCAUCACGAGCACUCAUUCGAUAACAUCCCACCUUCUGCUAUGGGCUAUCUUUUGUACUCUCACGCGUCGGCUGUAGGCCGAACUAGUUGGCAUUCCCAUCACACGUCGCAAUUACUUUUCUGCACAAAGCAACGUUUUCCUCUCGCUGAUCCCCCAAUUGCUCAUUCCCAUCUAGUACGAUCGAGUAAGUUGUUCUGUUAUGUUUUUCGGGGCCUCUAUGAUAGGAUAGGCACAG